AUGUCUCUCUUCCCACGAUUCACCCAGGAAUUCGCUCCUAUCUUCCGUCUCUUCGAUGAGUAUGAUAGGCAAGCCUUCCGCAAUAUCGACCGGGAAUUCAACAACAUCAGAUCCUUCACUCCCAAAUUCGAUGUGAAGGAAACAAAAGAGGGUUACGAGCUUCACGGAGAACUCCCCGGUGUCGAGCAAAAGGACAUCAACAUCGAAUGGACCGAUAACAACACGCUGACCAUCUCUGGUCGUCACGAGCACGUCCGGGAGGAAGGCCAACGCCCUCAGGGUUUCAUCGAAAACGGCGAACCUUCUCAGCAGAAGAAGCUCGGCCACCAGCCCACCGUUGAGGACGACCCCAGCGAAACCAACAACAAGGUUGCCAAGCAGUCCGAGCACAAGGACGUCUCCAAGCAUGAUGAGAACAAGGCAAAGUAUUGGGUUAGCGAGCGUUCAGUCGGAGAGUUCCACCGAUCCUUUGCCUUCCCUGCCCGUGUCGAUCAAGACAGCGUCAAGGCUAGCCUCAAGAACGGUAUCUUGAGCAUCCUCGUUCCCAAAGCCCAGGCUCCUCAGCCCCGAAAGAUCAGCAUCGAGUAG